AUGAGAAAAACAAUAUUAGGAAUAUGGGUUUUAAUAACACUUAUUGAAAGUUGUGUUGGAGUAGUUAUUACUGAUUUUAAUUCUAUUGAAAAUCAACCCAGAAAGUUUAAAGGAAAGAUUUUUGCCAUUAUAGAGAGUGAUGAUGAUAUGAACAUUGCUAUUGAACAUAAAGACAGAAUCGACCAAGUUAUUGGAAAAGGUUUUAGUGUUGAAUCAUUUCCAUCAGGAAGUCCUAAAGUUGAAGGAGAGUGGGGAUAUAAAAAGAAUUUUACACAUAAUAUUGGUCAUAUUAUGUUUGGGAAUUUUGUGAGUAUUGUUAAUUGGACGUUUGAAAUGACAGAAGUAAUUAUUGAAACAAUAAAAAAAUAUGGGUUGGAUGGUGUAUGUAUGGAAGAUUUAGAAAAUGUAUAUUUUAUUACUGGAAGAUCAACCCGUGAUGUUAGAUUGAUAUUAAGAAGAUUAGGAAUUGAAUUACAUAAAAUUCAGAAACAGGUAUUUGCUAUUAUUCCACCAAACUCUGAAGCUAUUGGAAUUAGUGAAAUAGCAUCAUUAAAGAAUUUAGUUGAUGAAUUUAUUAUUGAUGAUAUGGAGUAUUAUGAUAGAAAUAUGAUUGGUUCACAUUGUACUUCUCCUAUUUAUUACAUUAAAGGACUGGUUGAAAAAUAUACAUCAAAUUAUGAUGAUUUAAUAAAAAAGACAUCAAUCACUAUUGACCUUUCAGGAACAAUGCUUUGUCCAAAUCAACCACGAAGUAUGAUUAAUUCUACUCAUCUCUAUAAUAAAUUACUUCAAGUUAAGAAGUCAGAAUGGAUAGAUGAAUGUCAAGAACAAAAAUUUAUCAUGGAAAAUGGUUGUGAAAUUAUAUAUCCAACUGUUGAGUUCAUUCAAAAAAGAAUAGACCUUGCAACAGAACUCGGUUUAGACAUCACGUUAUACAACAUCAAUGCUGCUCAUCCAAAUGUUUUUAAUCUUUUCUAA